CUGCCAUCCAACAGACUUACAAUGCCAUCAAGUUUCUUCUUUAUGCUGGGUUUGUUUGUGGGGACCGCCAUAGCAAAAAAGGACGGGACAGAUCGUAACACCUCCAUCACCAGCACCACCACCUCCAUCACCAACACCACCACCUUCAUCACCAACACCACCACCUUCAUCACCCACACCAGCACAAUGAGCGCGACCAUCGAUUAUGAUCGAACUACCAUCAAGACAAGCAACUCAAGAACUGAAAUGAACGUCAGCACUAAAUCUUCAACAGAUAAGCCUUCUGGAAACAGCACAAUAAGUGUUGCUACUAGAGGUAGAGCAAAGCCCAGCAGUCAGACUGUCACUGAAACUAAAAGGACCACAAAGCCUCAAACCACACCUGCACCGGGUGGUUCUGUGACAUCUCAAACCACAAAAGGCACAUUCCCGAAGAGUUCCACGUCCAGUCCAAAGACAGCUGGCUCUGACAAAACUGGUAUCAUCAUUCUAGUCAUUCUCAUCCUCGUGGUUGUGGCAUUUUUACUUGCCUGUUACGUGACACAGAAAAGAAGAAGACGCUACUCGGUUGAUUUUUCCUCCAGACAAGAUGAAGUCAACAUCCCUCUCAGCACCGUGGAGCCUGUUGAUACCGCACCUCAAAAUGGUUCCUCCAUCUGA